CCCAUCCACAGUUACUCGUGGAGAAGAUGAUGUUUGAUCAUCUGAAGUCGCUGCAAUCCAUGUGGUGAGGGUGCUGCCAUAGUGCUGUAGGGCAUUUCACAUGGAUUUUACAAAGCAGUGUUUGACACCAAGCCACUCCAAGUUCCUGUGCAGCCCAGAUGAGAUAUUCUGAACCCAAACACCAGGAUUUUGAACAGGGAGAAUUUGCAGUUGGGAGUCUUGAAUCAAACAUCCCAUCAAGAUAUUUGAGUCAUUCAAUUGAACGUAACCUUCAAUGCCAUAGAAUUUUGAACAUGGAAGAAAAUAACACUGUUCGCCAGUACAGUCACACCGAGGAGCAACUGUUGAAGUGUGGUGUCAGAGAGGAGGGAUUCAGUUACCAACCUGAGCUGGACGCUCAUCAAUAUACUCACACAGGGGAGAGGCCAUUAACCUGCUCUAUAUGUGGGAAGGGAUUUGCUCGAUUAUCUCAGCUGAUGGCACACCAGCGAGUGCACAGUGGGGAAAGACCUUUUAAGUGCCCAGAUUGUGAUAAAUGCUACAAAAGCUCUGGGGACCUGAAGUCACAUUAUCGUGUUCAUACCAAUGAGAGACCUUUCAGGUGCUCUCAAUGUGGGACUGGGUUCAGGGGAUCAUUCCAACUCACUGUGCAUCAGCGAAUUCAUACAGGGGUGAGGCCAUUCAUCUGCUCCAUGUGUGGGAAGGGGUUCACUCAGUUAUCCCACGUAUUAAGACAUGAGAGAGUUCACACUGGGGAGAGACCUUAUAAAUGUCCAGAUUGUGAGAAGUGUUAUAAAAGCUCCGGGGAACUGAUGUCCCAUCAACGUGUUCACACUGAUGAGAGACCCUUCAGGUGCUCUCAAUGUGGGACUGGGUUCUGGCUGUCAUCUGAACUCAAUAUACACCAGCGAGUUCACACUGGAGAGAGGCCGUUCAUCUGCUCUGAGUGUGGAAAAGGAUUCAGUCAGUCAACCCAGCUAUUCACACACCAGCGAGUUCACACUAGGGAGAGACCAUUUACCUGCUCUGAGUGUGGAAAGGGAUUCACCCAAUCAUCUGACUUGCUGAUUCAUCAGCGAACUCACACUGGAGAGAAGCCGUUCAAUUGCUCUGAAUGUGGGAAAAGAUUUACUACGUCAUCCCACCUGCUAAAACACCAGCGAGUCCACAAGAAGAUGCAGUGAUGGGAUUUUGCUGAUAGUUGUAUCCUGAUUGAACUGUUUGUUGGGAUAUGUUUUUGCUGAUGUUCACAAACUCCAGUCCAAUUAUAGGUGUUAGUAUUCUGCAUAGAAGUCAAAUAAAGUAAUUUUGUGUUAAA